AUGUUGGGCUCAGCUGGUUCCGUUCGUUUUGAGGUUCUGCUUGGCGAACAUUUCUGUGCUGUGGAGCACUUAGACGUCUCGCCACUGGACCUCUCACGUUUCUUCCGCAUCUGGGGCGGGUCGCCGGGUGGCCAGAUGAACCCAUUGCAUUUGGAAGAGCAGCUACUGCAUCUACCGUUGGAGGCGGACUGGGGCUUGGAACCCUUUGCUGUGGAGCAGACCUUCAAUGCGUUGGGGCUUCGAUGCUUGCAGCUGGAAAGGCAGAAGAAGAAGGAUGCCUGCCUCCCACCACAAGCGAUUCUUGAGCUUACGCGAAGCGAUGGAGACUUGGAGAAGGCGGAGGUGAUUCUGCCAAGUGAAGCAGUGCUGCGAGAACGUUUUGAGGUGCUUUGGACCCAAUGCGUAGGCGAUCGAAUGUCGAUGAUCACAGCUGGAGGUGAAGGUUUCCUAACCCAGGAGAAGGUGGAGAAGGAGACCAAGGAGGCCAAGGAGGCGAAGGAGGCGCUGGCGGCGCAGGCCAAAGAGAAGGA